GCAAGUGCAAAAAGGUGAUAAAGGGCUAUUUUCCAUUCCCUACUUAUCCGAAAUGUUGCAGUAUUGAAACAGGCUCGUGUUUAAUGGAUCGCAUUUAACGGCACGCAGCACGCAGAAUGAACACGCUGAAGGCGCCAUCGUUGCACUCGCUGCUCGAUUCCGACCAUGGGUCGAACGACAGUCUGCUGGCGGAAUCGCUCCAGCUCGACAUCGAAGAGCUGGAUGAUGAAGAGUACGCAAUCCCGGCCGUCGAUACGCUGCCCACGCUCGAGAGUGUGCUGAGCGAAAUCGACAGCGAUCUGGAUAGUGUGUCGGCGCUCGGUGUGCGGCAGUCGAACGGAAAUGGCACCGGCACGCAAACCUCCAUCGCGGACGACGAUCUGAUCCGCGGUGGAACCACACCGACCCCGUCCCUGGAGGAACAGCUGAAGCUCGAGUCAAUUCUGCGCCACGUCGUGCUGCACGGUGUAACGGCCCAGCUGACCUCGGCCGUCGAUCGUGUGGACGCCGGGCUGGCCACAUCGUGCGCCGUCUCGAUGAUGAUUGCCGUCGGUACGUCGCACGGGCACAUUCUCGCGUUCGACUGCACGCAAACGCUGAAGUGGUGCUGCCAGGAGGGAAUCACACAGGGCGCCGUAUCGGCGAUGGCAUUUAACGAGGACAGCUCCCGUCUGCUGGCCGGCUUUGCGCGCGGGGCCAUCCUCAUGAUUGACACACAAACGGGCGACGUGAUCAGGACGCUGAACGAAGUGAUCACACCGAACACGGGUGUGCUGCAUCUGAAGUGGACGAACCGGCCCGCUCUGGCCCUUUGCUCCGAUUCGGGCGGCUCGGUGUGGAGCUUAAACUUUACCCGAAGGCUUGGCAUACGGGGAUGCGAUUCGCGCUGCCUGUUCAGUGGGGCCCGCGGAGAGGUGUGUACGGUCGAGCCGCUGCUGCUCGGCGACGAGGAACAUCCGCUGAAAACGUACACCAUCGUGGCGCUGGCCACGCUGAGCAAGUUUUUCGUCGUGCUGAUACGGCCCCGGCUGAAGGUGAUCAAAUUUCAUCCCAUGGCGGGCUACCCGGACUGUCUGCCGUUGCUGGCCUGGCAGAUGGUGCUCAUCCAGGCGGCCGAUUCGACGCGCAGCAUCGAUCCGGUCCUGGCGGCGGCACGUGGCAGCGACCUGUUCUUCCAUCAAAUCAUCUACAACAGCGGGCGCAUAUCGUUGCUCUUCCUGCGGCACAUUCAGCUGUCGUACAAUCUGCUCGCCAUCCACUGGCUUGGGCCGAAAUCGAUCGCCUGUCUCGACACGAAGGAAGUGCUGCACCUUUCCGACGUGCGCACGAACCGGGAGCUGGAGGUGAUCGACCUGUCGAACGUGGGGCUCAUGUACAACUCGGCACAGUUCAAGGGCCUGGCGACGGGGGGCAACGUGUCACCGGCGCUCGCCCUGGCUGGGGCGGCCGCUUGCUACAACACGGUAGUGUCGCAGGGCAAUCAGCUGUACCUGCUGGGUGGCAAGAGUCUGCACGGCAUCAGUGCUCGGGCGUGGAGCGAUCGGAUAUCCUACCUUACCUCGAUGCAACGGUGGGACGAAGCGAUCGAGCUAGCGAUUGAAGGUUAUCGGGCGGCGGCAGGACGACAUCGGCGCCUCGUUUCUUCGAAGGACCGAAUACUGCGCAUGUACGAGGAGUAUCUGAGUGUCACGAAGAAAACGCCGGAACUGUGCCUCGAAGCAAUAGUGGGAUGCUUGAUAGAGAUUCAAGAAAAGCAACUGCUUUGGGAGGAACUGUACGAUCGGCUUCCCACCACCGAUCAUUACCUGCAGAUCAUAGCGAAACACAUCGAGUGCGACCAUCUGGACGCGGUUGCACCGAGCGUUGCGCAAGUGAUGUGCGAAUACUUCUGGAAGAAGGGCGAAACGACACGGCUGGAGAACUUGAUCCUGAAGCUAAACUGGCAGUGUCUCGAUCUGCAUCAAGUGCUAACGAUCUGCCGCAAGGAACGACUUUACCGUGCGCAGAUGUACCUCAACACAAAAGCCUUGGGAGAUUACACCGUCUCGCUGACGGAUCUGAUUCCACAGAUCGAGCUCGCGACGGACGAUCUACACCUCGGCAACUGCGUGCUGGUGUACAUCUCGAGCUGUCUCGCCGGCCGUGGCUAUCCCACCGGAGAGAUUGCGCCGGAAACCAUUCCCACCGUAAAGCACGAAGUGUUGCGCUGCCUGACGGUGAUUCACUCCAACAAGGCGCCGGAAGACGAGCUGCCCUAUCCGUACUUGCGCCGCCUGCUGCAGUUUGACACGCGCGAAACGCUCAACGUCAUAUCGCUUGCCUUCCAGGAGAAGGAAUUUAACGGCGAGCUGGGCCUUUCGCAGCGCCAGCGCAUCAUUAACAUUUUGCUGGAAAUUUUAACACCCGAGCACGCGACCUGGUCACAGAUCGGAGCCCUGCUGAACUUUAUCGCCCAGCAGAUUGCGUCUCGCGAGCUGCCGGAGAAUGAGCUGCUGCUGGAGAAGGUCGUUGCGUACCUGACGGCACCGACGGACGUACCACUGUCCAGGCGGGAACACUUUGAGCGCGAACAGACGUGGCUCGAGCUGCUGUGCUCGAACUGUCUCGAUCACAUGCCGACGGAGCAGCUGCUGGACAUUGCGCGGCAGAACCGCUGCUACCACGUGGCCGAGCAUCUGCUGGAGCGGCUCGGGCGGUAUGAGGAAAUAUUCGACUGCUAUCUGCUGGACGAGUUCCGGCGCAUGCAGAUAUUCUCGUACAUCUCGCAGCAUGCGAGCGAUACGCGGCGCCAGAUCUACCAGCUGGUGGUGCAAAAUCUCUGCCAGCUGGUGGACAUCAACUGCGAGCAGGCCGUGCGAGUGCUGGUGGACGGCUUCAUGCGCUACUUGAGCCACUUUCUGCAGCUGCUGGAGCAGGCAGACGUUCCCGAGCGACUGUUUCGCUUUCUCGAGGCACUGCUCAAGCAAUCGGUCCAGCUGGAAACGACGGAUCUGGAGCGAUACCUGGAGCUGCUGUGCCAGUACCGGCCGGAGGAGGUGAUCGAGUUUCUCAAGUCGAACGACUCCUACCGGCUAGACAAUGCCGUCCGGACGAUCAAGCGCUACGAGCUGAACGCUCCGCUGAUCUACCUCUACGAGAAGCAGGGCGACUACCAGUCCGCCUACGCCGUGGCCGUGGAAACGCUCAAGGAUGCGCCGGAAAGUUCGGCCGAAAUGUGCGCCCUGCAGGUGAGCGCCCUGUGCACGCGUGCCUCCUCCGUGCUGACGGAAAGCGACCGGGAGCAGCUGUGGUUCUCGCUGCUGCACAUCGUGCUGGCCCGGUCCGAUCUGACCACGGUCACGAAAAACAUUCUCCAUUCGGCGAGCGAAUUCGUUGACCUUUCGAAGCUGGUCCAGCUGGUGCUGACAUCGUCCGGUAGCACCAGCACGGGCAACUUUGGCGACAUUAAGCACCUGCUGAUAGGUAUGCUUUCCAAUUCGGCGUACGAAACGCUACUGCUACAAACCACAUCACGCAUACUGGGCAACGAUCUGCACGCGAUGUUGGCCCGCGAGCGCAAGAUUGCGAUGCGCGGACUGGCCGUAAAGUCGAUCAAGUGUAUUGUGUGUCGCGCCCGGCUUUACAACACCGAACGGCAACCGAUCGUCGUGAUGGGUGACUGUGGCCACGCCAUGCAUCAGCAGUGUGCGGCCAACUUCUGUACUGUUCCGGUGGAGACGCCCAACGGAACCGAUGGCAAUGGGGGAACGGCGCAAAACGUCGAAACGGGGACGGGUAAGGCGCCGGUAAUGAAGCGUCUAAAAUGUCCACGCUGUGAUGCGGUGGUCGUGGAGGAGUGUUCCAUCCGCACGCCCGAAUGUUACGUGGAAAGUGGUCCUUACGCGAACGAUUCGAGUACUGACAAGGGUCCCAGUACGCUGAAGCUUAGCGCUCCGCCCAGAGUGGGUUGACUCGUCACCUCCCCUGGUGGAUUCGUUCUCUUUCUCCCUCUCUCUCUCUCUCGCUCUGUGUGGUGUGGUUUUCUAGUGGCCAUUCCGGAAUCCAUCCGUUCUUCGGAUUAAAGAAGAAAACACCACACCACGACGGACUUUCAACCACUUUCGCGGCGAGUUGGCGUUGAAGCGGUGAAAUGCGUCUGAUUGUUAGCAUAAUUUCUACCAAAACUACUACUAUUCCCUACUGUUAGUUACGAACGUGUUUAGUCAAUAUCGAGUAAGAAUCGAACAAUUAUUUAUGUUACAUCUGUGUAUGGACGUUUCCCCUUUCUGGAGCGAAUUCGCUACGGCGAACGCGGUCAUCCGAUUUCGGUGACAAACCGAUGAACGAACAAAAACCAUGCUGUAUGUCACGUGAUAGGGAACGAUGUAAUUCGACAACGGAAAAUAAAACAUACCCCCCGAAAAAUCCAUACAUUCA